GAAGUUCACGGCUAUAUGGGGCGUGGUGUGCAUAUAAAUGUGGCACAAUUUUGGCGGACCGUCAAUGUGAACUUGAACAGCAAAAUAACAACAUGUUUGUAAAACUGGCAGUAAUCGCUUGCACCCUGGCUUUUGCCUCCGCCGCCUACAACGGCCCCCUUGCCGGCGGCCAACCCGCCUCCCUCUACCCCGCCGGCGUUGAUCCCAAGGCCUGUCCCAACUACCCCAACUGCGCCAACCCUGCUGUAGCCGUUAACCAGAUAGCAGAGACCUACCAAGCUAGGCAAUACCAACCCGCCCCACAGUACCAGUCCGCCCCUCAAUACCAACCCGCCCCACAGUACCAACCCCAACAGUACACCGCCCCCGUCAACCAGUACAACCCCGCCUAUCCCCAACAGUACGCUCCUGCUACCCAGCAGCAGUACAGCUCUGAUAUCCAGGGCCGUUUGGACAGAGGCGAGUAUAUUGGAGAUGGUGACUAUCGCGGCGAGGGUCUCGCUGAAGCUCUAGCCCCGGGAUACGCAGGCCAACAAGCUUACGCUUCCCCAGCCUACAAUCAGGUGUCGCAAUACAACGCGGCUGCAUACACCCCGGCGGCGCCCCAAUACGCCCCCCAACAGCCCGCCCAAUUACCCGCAGGACUCGCCCCCGGGGCAUGCCCCAACUACCCCUUCUUGAUUCAACAAUAUGGAAUAUACAAGGCAGCAGGUUUGAGCUACAGGACCCUAACGGCUUGCCUCUUGUCUUUAACCAAUGGAGCGUACCAAGAACCCUCAGUAGGAGGCAAGUCCGCCGCCCGUUACCCAGCCGGACUGGACCCCAAGAGUUGUCCCAACUUCCCCGUAUGCACCAACUACGGCGUGUCUUCCGUUAAAGGCUUCGAGGAGCGACGUCGACUUCAAACAUCUUCCUCAUAUCAAGAAACACAAACUUUUCAACCUAAACAACCAAUUUAUCAACUCAGAUACACGGCAACCCCCAUUGUCCAACAGCAAAAAUACUCCCAACCCGAGUACGAGUACGUGCCAAGUUCUGCCCGGACUCAACAGUACAACCCACCUGCUCCAUCUAAACAACAAUAUGUAGCAGCACAACAGGAUAGCGAUCGUCCACAGUACGCUCCUCCUCAACGGUACAACUCUCGUCAACAGUAUGCCUCUCCUCAACCAUUUACCCCUUCCCAACAGUUUGCCCCUCGUCAACAGCACGCUGCUCCUCAAAAAUAUGCUCCUCCUCAACAAAGUGCCAAGUCUUCCAGAGAGGACCAGUACACACCUGAGCAGAGAAGAGCCUUGGACAGAGGAGAAUACAUCGGGGAUGGUGAUUACCACGGCGAAGGUCUAGAUGAAGCUGAAUAUCACCCAGGUCAACAACAAUCCUACCGGACUGCUGCUGCUACUCCAAGUGUCCAAUAUGACACUCCCGCUUAUCAGAAGGUCUCCGCGUUUCUUGCACAAUCCCAGAACGUCCGCCAAACACCUACGAACGAUUGCCGGAACCACGCCUAUUGCUAAAAUCUAAAUCGCACUGAACUCAACGAACCUGUAAAUAUUGUUAUA